AUGGCCGCUAAGAAGUUACAAGUUGGCUGGUAUGGCCUUGGAUCUAUGGGCAAGCCUAUGGCAGAGAAUUUGCAAAAGUAUCUGGCAAAGAAUGAUCAAUCAUUGAUCUUCAACAACCGCACAAUGGCCUCUGGCGACAGCUUGAAGGGUCUUGGCGCUUCGCCGGCGUCGAGUUUCGGCGAGCUGGUCACCAAGAGCGAUGUCAUUUUCACAAUGGUCAACAAUGACGACACACUGAAGAGCCUUCUGCAACAGGCAUACGACACCAAGGACCUCUCCGGCAAGAUCUUCGUGGACUGCUCAACCGUACAUCCGGAUACGACGAAAGCUGUUACCGAGAAGAUCACCAAGCACAAGGCAACUUAUCUUGCAGCUCCCAUGUUCGGUGGUCCGGCAAUUGCUGUUCCUGGUAAACUCGUAGUAGCAAUUGGCGGACCCAGCUCCGCCGUAGAGACCGUCAAGCCUUACUUCCAGGAUGUCAUUGCCAGAAAGGUCAUUGUCUGCAAGGAGGAGCCUCAAAGUGCUUCUAUGCUGAAGAUCGCCGGCAACAUCAUCACAGUCAACCUCAUGGAAGCCGUCAGUGAAGCCCAAGUCUUCGCCGAACAAACCGGAAUCGGCUGCGGUCCCAUGGAAGAGCUCAUAACCGAAGGUUUUGGCCCCGUCGCAGGCGGCUACUCCGGCAGAAUGACUAGCGGCAACUACGCACCUGCUAUUGACAAGCGCCCCGGUUUCGGCGUCUCCCUCUCCAUCAAAGACGCAAACUACGCUCUCGCCAUUGCAGAGGAGAAGGGUGUCAAGCUACCUGCUACCGAAAUCGCCAACAAGAACAUGAAGGCUGCCAGAGACGAGCACGGUGAAGUGUUGGAUUGUGCCUCCAUGUACGGUACUUUGAGAAAGGAGGCUGGACUGAACUUCUUCAACGACAAGAGCAGACAGAGUGAUGAGUAA